UGCAAAAUAACUUGUCUCAUGUAUUGUAAAUAUGUUAUGCUUGACAAAUAUUCAAUAAAACGUCUGUCUAAAAACAUGAUGUCAAUAUAUUGUUCCAAAAUUUUUAUCUUUAUCAUGUAAUGCGUAUUACGUUGUGAUAGUUAAUUACUUAAUACAUGUUAUUCAAUGAAGAAAAUCACGAAUUCUGUAGCAACUUUGCAAUGGAAUCCAAUGAAAUAUCUAUCUGGACAUUACACAGAAAAUGUAGGAGUUGUAGUCUUAAACCGACCCAUCAGGGCUCGACCAGAUGAUAUCAUUAAUCUGUGGAAAAAUGCUGUUAUUCGAGUUACGGUGGACGGGGGCACAGAUAGGUGGCUAAGCUUUGCAAAACAAAACAAUUAUGAUUACAAAUCGUUACCACCUGAAAUGAUUACAGGUGAUAUGGAUUCAAUACAACCACAAACUAAAGAACUGUUUAUGAAUUUAGGUAGUGAAGUAAUCGAUACACCGGACCAAAAUGAAACAGACUUCACAAAAGCAUUGAAAGAACUUACGCUUCGAGCUGAAUCCCUUUCAAUCAAGAUGGAUGCUAUUGUAGCAAUUGUAGAGACUUCUGGUAGAAUGGAUCAAAUAAUGUCGAAUAUCAAUACUCUUUUCAAGGCAACCAAACUUUUACCAAAAACGAAUAUAUUUAUUUUAUCAAGCGCUUCAAUUAGUUGGCUUUUACAACCAGGACAUCAUGAAAUACACAUUCCAGAAAAACUAAUUGCAGAUAGAGCUUGGUGCGCCUUGAUGCCUGUAGGAAAUAAAUGUCAAUCUGUUACGACAACUGGCUUAAGAUGGAAUUUAAAGGGAGUUUCAAUGGAAUUUGGGGCAAUGGUCAGUACAUCAAACACAUAUGACGGUUCACCGACAGUGACAAUCAACAACAGUGAUCCUAUAUUAUGGUCUAUGAGUAUGAAAAAUUAUAAAAGUUGAUAAUAUUUUUAUUUGGUAUAAAUUUGACAUGCAUCACAUCACUAAUGAGCCAAAAUUUAUUUUUGGAAUAAUUAAAAUAGUUAUUGAUAUCAGGGUUUAUAACAGAUUUAUAAAAUAUGAAUAUGUCUAUAAAUACCUUCAUUC